UCCUCAAUCAUUGCUUGGUGAGAUAAAUAUCUCCUUGUGGUCCAUUUGAAUUUAAAGAUACUCACGAAUAUUCUUUUGUUUUGACGAGGUACACCACUUGCUCAGCCAGCACAUCACGUACGGACCAAGACGCGUCAACAACCGAGGAUCAACCUUCGGUCGUGUAGCCGCGUCAGCAAAUCUUCAACAAACCACCAUUGGUCGUUCGUCCUACUGUCGUGCCACUGUACCGCCGACGACUUCCGACAGCCGUCCGUACCAUCAAACGCACCUCGUUCCAAAGCCGUUUCCAAAACCGCGAACAAUAUGCCACACUUGAUCGUACACUGAUCAAGCAUGGAGUUUGAUGGAGACGAAUCUGAUAUGGAAUCGUGGUGUGAUGAAGAACUUGGCCUGGAACCGGAGCAAGAGGCCACCAGCGAUGAAUAUUGGUCCGAAGAGGACUAUGGCGAGGAGUUAGAUCAAGGAGAGCUCGAACGUGGACCGCCAGACUGUUAUUGGCCGUCCUUGUCACGAGCUACCCUCGUUGAAGAACCAAGGGCGGGUCUAUAUGAAGACUCCGAUAGUGAUGACUGGGUUGCAUACACUAAGAAGCCGAGGCACCGAUCCGUAAGAAGAAAGGAGCCUAUUCCCAAGCCACCCAGCACAGCAGACGCACUGAUCUCACUCCAACACACGCUUCGAGACCUCAACGAUAGACUCGACCGGAUUGAAUCAACGACAAUUGGUCAACGGGUCGAGAGAAGCUCGAGUGAUCACCGAGGUCGUAACCGAGGCAUCCCUACCUGGUCUCCAAGUGCUCCCACGCGAAGACAGACCCCACGGCACGAAUACUAUGAACCAUUGUCUACACCGGCCUCGCGAUCAAGGCGUCAAUCGGCCUAUGUGGAGCAGCCGAGCAGGACGUAUGCGCGCUCAUCUCAAUACCGUGCACCAGUUCCUAUGCCGGCCCCACGAACAAGUCAUAACUCGACCCCUGCCGAGAGGUCAAGGACUUAUGCGCCUCUAGUGCAGUUCCGCGAGCCGCCAGCACGGUACAAGGAACCGUUCCAAGAAGAAGGCAGCGCUGCAACCAUAUCAAGGAGUCAUGUGCCGCCAGUUCAGCACCGUGAACUGCCCACACUGUGCAAGGAACCGGCCAAAGGAGGAGUUCGAGCAGAGGACAAGCCAAAUUUGGUAGCGCCAAGAACGAGCAUCGAACAUCACGCAGACCAAGACCGACUUGACGCUCAGUCACCACCUUCGGGGAAAGACGUGGAGCAAGAGUCCUCUUUCGGGAAGCGUGAUAAGUCGCUGGGCGAGGCCAAAGAAGAGUCAGGACGUGUGUUCAACGCCAUAACCGACGAGUGCUUGAUAAUGGAGAGUUUCAAGCAAGCUGAGCCACCGAAGAUGGCCACUGAAAGGUCUGUCCAUCCAGUGAUAUUAUUGACUACUACAAGUAGUACGCUCCAGCUGGGAGUCGCCAAGACCGAGCCAUCUCUCUCCACUUUUAGCGCCAAGACCUUUACCGCACAAGGUCAUAUGGCGAUGCAUUUGAUCAACUUUGGUGCGGACCAAAACUAUGUGUGGCAUCCUGGAGAGCGUCUACAACCUACCGCGGCCUACGAAGGGAUCAAAACACCAUUCACCGCUAGCCUUAUCAGGGGAGUCCUAUCCUUUACCCUUAAGGCUCUACUAUUUUCCUUUGAUCCCGGUAAUAAACCGCGAAUGAACUUGUGA